AUCCGUUUUCUAUUAAAUUAAAUAUAAUGAUAAAUAGAAUAUAAGACAAGGUCAAGUUCAUUUCUCCACGUAUAAAUGCUACACUAAUAUCAAAUGUACACCAACAAACUGUGGAAGCAAGCAAUCUUAAAAAUCAAUCUAAGAAAAAUGAAGAACCAAUCUUCGAAUAUAUUUUGGCUUCUCCUCCUCCUCAUUCUUCAUCUCUCUGCCUCUUCAUCAUCAUCUGCACAACACCAUGAGCAGCCUCAACCACGCCAGGUCUAUAUUGUAUACAUUGGAGAACACAGUGGAGAGAAAAAGUCUCAUGAAAUUAAAGACAAUCAUCACUCGUAUCUGUUCUCUGUUAAGGGUUCCAAAGAAGAAGCUAAGGCCUCUCUUAUUUACAGCUACAAGAAUGUCAUCAAUGGCUUCUCGGCAUUACUCACACAGGAUGAAGCUUCCAAAUUAUCAGGUAAAUGUUUUGGCAUUAAAAAAAUUAGAAUUUGCAAAGAUAAUGUACAUCAAUAGCUUAUAAUAUAAAUU